AUGAGGACGCCGUCGCCGUCUGUAUCCGUGCUGGUGCUGCUGCUGUUUGACUCCUGGCCGCCGGUGCAGACCACGGUGAGGCCUGCAGAGGGUUGGCAAGUGUUCGGUUCAGCACAGGACGCCGGUGGCCGUUGCGUGUGUACGGUGGUGGCGCCCGGGCAGACUCUAUGCUCCCGGGAUGCCAAAGGACGCCAGCUGCGACAACUCCUGGAGAAGGUCCACAACAUGUCUCAGUCUAUGGAGGUUCUGAACCUGCGCACUCAGAGGGAUUUCCAGUACAUCAUGAGGAUGGAAAGCCUCAUUAAAGGUCUACGCUCCAAGUUUAGACAGAUUGACUCGGACAGGAGGACGCUUGCAAACAAAAAUUUCCAGGAGCUGAAGGAGAAGAUGGACUCGCUGCAGCCGUUAAUCCCGGUGCUGGAGCAGUACAAGACGGACGCCGGGAUCAUCUCACGGUUCAAGGACGAGAUCGGGAAUUUGUCAGCCGUCUUGCUGGCCGUGCAGGAGCAGAUGGGAACUUUUGACUACGAGCAGCUCAACCUAAAAGUCAGCAGCUUGGAAAACCGCCUGAGAAGCUGCAUGAGCAAACUCACAUGUGGCAAACUGAUGAAGAUCACUGGUCCACUCACAGUGAAGACAUCCGGGACGAGAUUUGGCGCAUGGAUGACAGACCCGCAGGCGUCCCCCAAAAACAACAAGGUUUGGUACAUGGACGGCUACACCAACAGUAAGAUUGUGAAGGAGUAUAAAUCCAUGUCAGACUUUGUGUCAGGUGUGGAGUCUCGCACGUACACGUUGCCGUUCAAAUGGGCGGGGACCAACCAUGUGGUGUACAACGGAUCACUUUACUACAACAAGAUGCAGAGCAACAUCAUCGUGCGCUACAGCCUGGGCAUGGGCCGCGUCAUCGCACAGCGAGCGCUGGAACGGGCCGGCUUUCACAACGUGUACCCGUACACAUGGGGCGGCUUCUCCGACAUCGACCUAAUGGCCGACGAGCUUGGCCUGUGGGCAGUCUACGCCACCGACCGCAACGCCGGCAACGUGGUCCUGAGUCGCAUGGACCCUGACACGCUGAGGGUCAUCGCCACGUGGAACACCGAGUACUCCAAGCGCAAUGCGGGCGAGGCCUUUAUGAUCUGUGGGACGCUCUACGUCACCAACUCUCACCUGACCGGCGCUAAGGUGUACUACUCAUACUCCACCAGCACGUCUACCUACGAGUACAUUGACAUACCCUUCCACAACCAGUACUUCCACAUGUCCAUGCUGGACUAUAACGCCCGAGAUCGAGCGCUCUACGGGUGGAACAAUGGACACCAGGUGCUUUUCAACGUGACGCUCUUCCAUGUCAUCAAGACAGACGAUGAUGCUUAA